CCGAAACGAAUGGGUGCGGGCUUUACUGGGGUGCUGCUCGUGGCCGGAGUGACAUUUUACCUCGCAAAACGGAGAAUCUCAGAGAAGCGGAAGGGAGAGCUGGAUGACUAUCAAAAUAGAAUAACGUAUCCUAUCCAAAGUUCGGAUUUGAACACAGCUAAAACAGAACAAAAAUGAACUGAAUAUGAUUAUUUCGUGGCAAAUAGCGCUUCUCCUCCCGAUCUGACGUCAUCACAUUCAGAAAUCUGAAUCACCUCAAUGCAUUGUCAAAGCCCUCCUCUCUUUACAACCACAACAACAACCUCAACUUUUAACUUAUUGAAUUCAUGGCUGGUAUGAUUCCCACCUCCCCGCCGUCUAGGUUUGGACGAACCUUCUUGAUUGGCGGAACUAUCGUCGCAGUCACUCUGGCAGGGUUUUGGGCGAACAUGCAGCGGAAUAAAAGACAUCAAGAAUCUCUCGGUAGAACGCCUUAUUACGAGCAAGUGAUGGCGCACGCCAAUAAGAAGCCUGUACCUGGCGAACCAUUGGCCCCCGUCCUUCACGGAACUUACGGCGACAUCCCCCCCGCCUUCCCCGGCAAGGACCACCACGGCGCCCACAUCACGAUGUCGACCUACAAGCAAUCGCCCGAGUAUGCUGAUACAGAGUCUAGGUACUCAGUGCCCACACCUCAGCGAGGCAGAAACGAUGGUAGCGGAAGGGCGUACACCAAGUCCCCUGAUUAUGUCAAAAACUAUGAGAAGACGCACCGACCUGGAAAGGUGGAGGUGACUGAAGUCAAAAUAUUACCGAAGAGCAUGCAGUGAACAUUGAUGACAGGGCGGUCGGUCUAUACAUAUCUUCAUGAUAUAUUCGAGACUGUACGAGACCCUUAAUGAAUAGUGGUACCCAGCGACGGGGGCAGGUUGGAAACUCGGCAAACCUGUCCGGGCUAAUUCGCGCACAACAGCGGAGCGUUGCGCAUUCCCGAGUGGUAACUGGCAUUCCUGAGUGCCGUGCAUUUCCCUCGCGUCGCCAUCGCCUGUGGUAAUGAUAAUGUCACAAAUUUCUGUCCUUUUUUAUCCCGUACUUUCCAGUUCAAACUUCACGGACGGCCUCAAGGGGAGUGGUGGAGGCCUCGGCUUGUGUUAGAUGUAAAUAACAUACAACAAUCGCACUGAGUCAAACAU